GGCAUUUUAUUUUUCUAAAUUAAAAUGUGUAAAUAAGAAAAUUCCCCAAUCAAAAGUUGUGAAAAUGAUAUGAAAUUCAUAAAUAACGAACGAACAUAACAAUAAAAUGCGAGUUUUCUACACUUUGCUUGCUGGAUAAGUUUGCCAGCAAGUGGAUGAAAACAGCAAAACGGAACAAUUUCGUGUAAUAAAUCUGUAGAUUGCAUGAAAUUAAUAGCGAAAUUCAACCACACUCACACAUUCACACACGAACACACACACAUGUAUAAAUAGUGCAUGCAACGCAUUUUUUUGGGUCAUAUGCACGCUGUGGUGCGGUGGUGGAUGGCGGAUGGUGGAUAACAACGCCCCAUCAUAACAAUACCAAUAAUAACGAUGAUGAUGGUGAUGAUGAUGAUGACGACGAUGUUGUUGCUGCUGCUGCUGAUGAUGAUGACCACACCAACACGAGCACUCCUGGUAUGAGAGCAAAUUAUAUAAAAUUAUCAUGCAGCGCAGGCAGCGGCCAACUUGGCCACUCGAAUUCAACCAAAACGAGGCUAAACUUCAACUGCAUACGUGGCGCUGCGUGCGGACUGCAUGACGUAUACGUGAUAUACGUAUAACGUAUACGUAAUUGGCGCUGUGGCCAAUUGCCAAAAAGCGGCCCAGGAACAAAACGUACAAAAUCGAAAGCAAAAGCAAAAGCAUAAAGCAAACAACGUGAGCAACAACUUAACUUAACUCAACUCAAAUCAGACGUGCGACAACUGUGACAAGUGCAAAGAACAAAUAGCACCACACACAAGUCGAGUGCAAUCGAGUCAUAGGCGUAGUCGCUGCAAAUGACAAAAGUUUCGAAAGUGUUGAAAAUGUGUUGAGGCAGCUGCCGCAAGAUGAGAAAAUGGCGAAGUUAACAUUGCACCGUCUACUGCAGCGUUUGCAGCUGACGGCGCUGCAGUUGGCCAACGACACGCCCACUUUAAUGCGCCGACCGCAACUCAAUAACAACAACAACAACAAUAGAAACCGCAUGGCUCUCUUAAGCUGGCUGCACUUGUGCCAUGGCAAUGGACACUACUACUUAACGCUGGCCGUGCUCAUCUAUGGCUAUCUAAUGCUGCACGCCUCAGCAACCUCAACCACUACGAAUAUGUCGGUCGAAUCGAAUCUAACAACAAUAACAACAAAAAUAACAACAACAGAAAUAAGUUUAGCUAUAAGCGAAAAGAAACCAAAACGCGAUGUUGUCCAUGUGCCUGACGAUGAUUACGAUGCCAGCUAUCCAGAUGACUUGGAUGAUUUAGAUGCCUUGAUUAAUAAUAAGUCAGCUAAAGGUAAAUACAUUGGAGCGCCAUGCAAUGAGUUGAAGUGUGACGCAAAACUUGUGCAUGUCACCUGCGAUAAGGAGACGCAGUUGUGCAGUUGCGAGCGCAACUAUCCCGUUCAGCUGGGACCGAUAAAGGGCUGUGCCAAACCUAAGAAACUGGGCGAUCAGUGUUUCUACGACGAGACCUGCAUCUACAACGAUGAGAACUCCCUCUGUGUUCAGGUGCGACACAAUGCGAUGUGCCAGUGCGCCAGCGGCUUUCACUCUGUCAGCUAUACGAAGCCAACAAGGCGGGUCUUUUGCACACCAGACCUGAGCGAGCUGAGCUCGGAUUUACCCACGUUGCUGGGCGUAUCCUCGGGCAUUGCGGUGCUGGCGGGUCUCAUUUGCAUGGUACUGCAUCUGUUUAGCAAAACCAAGUAUCCGAGGCAUCGGAACUUCGGUGAUGCGAAUAUACCGCCGCCCAUACUCUACUCCAGCGAUACAGGCAUACCGCUGACCGUGCACUCGGCACGUCCAUCGUCGCGUUCCAGCAUCCGUUCGACGGGCUCGAUAGGGUCAUUUGGUAAUCGUCGCGCCUCGUCCGGCGGUUUGACUGGCGCCGCUGGCGGCGGUGUCGGCAAUAGCAGCGGCGGUGGUGGCGGCGGCGGCGGCGGCGGCGGCGGCGGCAGCGGCAGCGGCGGACAUGGUGGCAACUCGAAGGGCAUACUGGUGUCGACGUCUCGUACAGGUGCGGCUAGAUCGGCCGCCAUAUUGCUCAUAUCGUGUCACAUUACGGCCGUAUCCAAACAAAAUUCACGCGCCUCGUCGCGUCACACAUCUGGCGCCGGCUGCAGCCAGCAUUCGCGCGACAAUCUUGACGAGAACAACGGCUGCAACGGCUCCGGCUCGGCCGGGGCUGGUGGUGGUAGCAGCGCUGGCGGCUGCCGCAGUUGCGAGAGCACGCUCUCAAUGAACCGCCAGCUGCAGAAGCAAUUGAAUCAUCAACGGCACCUGCUCAGCUUUGAGCUGUCGCCGGCGAAGACAAAGAAUCAGGAUAGAUUUAGGACCCUCUUGGGCUUGAAUGGCAUUCAUAAUUAUGAUGAUGACGAUGAUAAUAAUGAUGAUGGGUUCAAUAGCAUAGAUGCACUAGGUGCCAGUGGUGCCGGCAGUCGCGCUGGCGUUAGCGGCUAUGGCGGCUAUGGCGACUAUGGCAGCGGCAUUGGCGGCGGUGCCGAGCUGCAUCAUUUGCAAAUUGGCGCCCUGCCCACGCCGGCGAGUGAAACGCCCAGAUUUGCGCUCCAACAUUUGAUAGUUUGUUUAGUUCAUAAAUAUCUAAGCAAAAGUCCAAGAUAUUAAAAAUUAAAAGAAAAUGAAAUAAAACACAAAUGCAGUUGAGCCGGCGGAAGUUGUAAACAAUAUUGAAAAUAUUUCAGAAGCUAACUUGAAUAAUAACGCAAAUGAUAUAUAUGUAUACUCCAUAUACAACUGCAGCUUGACAAUAUGAUAUCGAAGCAAUAUGGCGGUGACUAUGUUCCUGUUUCCAGAAAUUUUUAUAACACCAUUAUCUAAUUCUUUAAAACAAAAUAACGCAAAUUAUUAUGAUAUCUACACGCACACACACAGACAUACACACUUACAGACACACAUGAACACACAUAUAUAAAUAUUUACACUUAAUAUUCCAAAUUGCAUGCAUCCUGUGAGUGGACUGUGUGGAACACUCCAUCGAUUAAAUGCACACCAACCGAUCCCAAGUUUUAUCUUAUUUGUUAUUCGAUAAUCUAAUCUGUCUAUGUCGCUUCUAACUGAAUGAGACUGAAUGCAUUUUGUUCCUAAGA